AUGUCUUCUGCAGCUUACACCAAACUCUACAACAACGUCUGGGCGAUUUCGCCCGAGCGUCAGCUGCACCAAACCACUUUCUUGGCGAACGCGAUAUAUGGCUACCUCCACGACACCUUCAGUCGAGAUGCCUCUCGGGUCGGCCAAUCUGAAUGUAUUGAGUCGAUCCAGGAGUGUAUGGAGCGUACCAUCGCCCGCCACCCCACCAUAUUGCCCUCAACAUUUAUCCGCGCACUCUACCUCUUCCUUCGCUACACCGGUGCGCGGGGUUUGAGGGCCAAGUCCACCGAAGAAGCGCUCGUCCUCUACUUGGCGUCCUUCUUCACGAUCGCUUCGGCGCUCGAUGAACGCUUCACGUCGAAGCAGUUCAAAAUGUUGCAUGCGGUUCGGACUCGGACUGUCAUGAAGUAUCGCGCCGGUUUGGCCGAUGCGCUCGAGGAGGAGAAGGGUACGAUCCUCAAGGAUAGCCGCCGUGUGAAUACCUUUUUGCACAGGUGUCUUUGUGGGCUCGUGCCCGAGUGCGAGCUCCGCUCUCAUCAUCCUGACGAGAUGCACCUCCCCUCACCACACAGAGACCCUGUGGAGCAUCGUUUGAUGUCUGACUCAGACUCAGACAAAUUUCGACGCUCAUCCAAGUCGAGACCUGUGAAGGGGACCUCGACUCAGACGCCCUCGCCACUUUCCACGUCUUCAGAUUCUCUGAAGUCAGCGUCUAGUGAUGGCUCUUCUCGGAGUCGCCAUUACAUUGGAAAGUGGUCCGAGAAGCUGAAGGCUGGAGCUCGUUAUACUCGUCUCCACUUCCGCCCCGUUCCUCGCUCUCAGUUCUGA